GUUAAUUUCUCCACUUCACCAACCUUAAAAAACUUAUCUCUAAUCUUCAAUCAACAUGUCUGGACGCGGCAAAGGUGGCAAGGGUCUUGGAAAGGGUGGCGCUAAGCGUCACCGCAAGAUUCUUCGUGACAACAUUCAGGGUAUCACUAAGCCCGCUAUCCGUCGUCUCGCUCGUCGUGGUGGUGUCAAGCGUAUCUCUGCCAUGAUCUACGAGGAGACCCGUGGUGUCCUCAAGACCUUCCUCGAGGGUGUCAUCCGUGAUGCCGUCACCUACACUGAACACGCUAAGCGCAAGACCGUCACCUCCCUCGACGUUGUCUACGCCCUGAAGCGUCAAGGACGUACCCUCUACGGUUUCGGUGGUUAAGCGUUUUGUUUCUGCAUUGUUUUCCUUUCCACCAUCCUGCGCGGUCGGCGCGUCAGUUGUCCUUCCGCAGCAGUGACGCGACGGUUUGCUUUUUCGGGUUGGUUCACGGUAUGACUGGGACGUUGGGGUGUUCUUGAUCUUUUAUUACAAGUGUCAUGGGUCUGGGUUUGCUUUAACGUACUUUUUAUUUACUAUUACACGUCCACUACUGGUCUGCUAGUGUUCGUACUUUGAUUUUCUGUAUCAUAGCAGCCUUCAUGCUUUCGGCUGGUGCCAUAGGCAGAUAGGAUCGUGCAACAUAAUAUGCCGCGGUCGAUAUGAAUACAAACAGAAAAAAAAUUUUA